AAUUUAUUUAAGAUGUCACAAAAAGAAAAAGGAUAAUUGUAAUAAAAUGAAUAGUCAACUCAAAAUUAAGAUGAAAUCUCACAAAAUUCAUAUUUAAAAUUUAAAGAUUUUGUUCCACCAUAACAAGAGAAGGCUAAAAAAUGUAAAAGAAAUUACAAAUCAAAAUUCUGGAAUGAGAAAAAUGUUGAAUUAUUAUAUAGACUUAAUGCUGCUUUUUCAGGAGAUUCUGAUUUGAUAUUAAAAUAUUUUUAAAAACAUGUGGACAACAAAAUUACAUUUAAUAUGAUCAAAUAGAAGUUCCGAUAUGAAUAAAAAAAUAACCCUGAAAAAUUAUUUGAUAAGAGUAAAAAGCCAAAAUUAAAAGAAAAGCUUUAAAAAAAAUUAGAAGCAGUUGCUAAAAUGCAAUCUUUAAAUUUAGAAGUGAAAUGGAGUCAAGUUUCAGAAAUUAAUGAUAGUCAUAUAGAAGGAAAAAACGAAUAGGAUACAGAAAUCUAAAAAAACUUAAUGAAUGAAAUAAAUAGUUUAUUAAAAACAAAUAGAGUAUAAUAAGCUUAACUAAAGAAUUAGUAACAAUAAAUAUGA